AGAUGGGCUGCGCACCCUGUAUCCCUCAUGGCGAUCAGGAUCGCUCUUGAUCAGGACCCUUCAGGGUGACUCAGCCCUGUCUUUCCAUGGUGUCAACCCCAAGUUGUGUGUCAUCGCUGUCGUUCCUUCUGUUGCCUGGUCUUGUGGCUGGUAGCAUCACAGCUCGUGUCAAUUUCGAUGGAGAGAUCAGCAGCACCCAUGCUGUGGGGAGGGGCCAUAGUGAGGCUGAGAAGUGGAACCACUCCCGAUCGGCCACUUUGGAUGAAGGUGCAGGAUCCCUUGUGGUGCCAGUGCAGCCUGUCGUGGUGGUGUCCAGUUGGUUGGUUGUGACUUUGAUGGGUGCUCGUUCUGGCCUUGAGGAUGGUUCUGAUAAGAAGCAGUUGCGACAACUCACCAACUCCGUGCGCACCGCCUUGGCCGAGGCCUUGCAGGUUUGCAGAUCGUCCCUUCACGUCACGGACAUGUCUAUCAAGGGAAAUGACGACAGUCUCAUGGAGAUUCUAGAGGACCAUUGGAAUCCUAAACAUCAGCGCCAUAGGCUGAUUGAAGCAGAUGCAAAUGUUGCACAGUUGAUGCGGCGGAACUCCAAAGCCAGCAAAUUGGACGAUGCGUUUGAGAACUUAAACGAACAAGUGAACUUCACCCGUGUGAAGGCAUCCUAUGAGGUGCGCAUAUUCCCAGAGAUGAGGGUGUCUUCGAAGGACGUAGUCCAGAGGAUUGACCGACUGCAGAUCUUCAGCAGGUUUGCAGACUUGAACCACAUCCUCGUGCGCAGCCUGAUCCAUCGUGUCCGCAACAAACCGGCUGAAAGUGCAAUGUUGGAUGAUGUGGGUUAUGGACGCCGCGAGGUGAAGCCGCGAGAAGUGCUGCCAGCUUUGCAGUUGGCGGACUGCAUGGAAGAAGGUCUUCUACAAGAUGCUCGGGAGGCACACCAAUACGUGAUUGCCCUAUGCUGUAUUUUGGUCCUCUUCAUUACAUGUGCUGGCUCUGCCAUUUUCUCCUUGAAGCAACCCUCCAUCGUACCCAGUCGCACCAAUCCUUUGGGUCCAUUGACAAGAUGAAACGCAGGAAAAAGGAAUGCAACGUCAGACUGGCUCAAGCUCAGCUGUUCUGAUCAUCAACGAGCUGAAGUGUCUUCUCAUUAAGGCCACAUCAAGAUGGGACGUAUGUACGGCAAGGGAAAGGGUAUCGCCUCUUCGGCUAUCCCUUACAAGCGUACCCCACCGUCCUGGCUCAAGAUGAAGUCGGAGGAUGUGGUGGAUCACAUUUGCAAGCUCGCAAAGAAAGGGUUGGCUCCUUCCCAGAUUGGCGUCACCUUGAGGGACAGCUUCGGCGUGCCCCAGGUGAAGGCAGUGACAGGCAAUCACAUCCUGCGAAUUCUGAAGCCGAAAGAUCAUCCCCUUAUUCGACCGACUGCUUGUCCAGACCAACGGUGUUGGACCCACU